GAGCUCCAGCAGUUGCUAACCGAAAGAAGCGCAGUAAUUGCGUUGGUCUAUGCCCAAGAUGGUGCGCAAAGUGCUCCUGUAAAUGUUACCCCACAGAUUGGAAGGGCGGUUGGAAAUGCUCUUGGGAGUGCAAGUUCUGAUCCUGUGCAAAGCGUGUCGCUCGGCCAAAUUCGCCACUUUGGAAACGAGAAGGGGUCUGGAGCCGAAAUGUGUGCCGCAAUUCUUUCUGGGAUGGUUACUAGGCACCGCGCGGGUCAGCUAUUGGCCAAUUUUUUCCAUGUCCCUAAUAACAAUCCCAGAAGUCUUUACGAAAGUUGACUCUGCGAAGUUUUCUUCUCGUUUCUAAAGUGGUUGAUUAAGCAGCUCAAACCAAUAAACAUUUAGGAAUAAUUUAACGCAAGUUAAAGUUAAUGCAAGCAAGUUGCCUGGAAUUCGGUGCGAGCAACAGGAGUUUCCGAGAAAGCUUUUCUAGCAGUUAUCCGCAAAUCCUAAAGUGUAAGCAGGUUUAAACUCAGAAUAUUACGCACCUCUGCAAUUGCCGGUGAUUCAAACUCGCAAUGAGUUCAAUGAAUUCAGCGUAAGAAAAUGUAACUAAAGAUCAUUCUCUGGUUGUGUCAAGUUAAAAUAAAUGCAUAUUUUUUGUUAGCAAAUUGUUUAUUCAAUAACACGUUGUUCAGAACCCCGCAAAAGCGCAAACAGUUUUGCUCAGGGUGGGUAUGUCCUCUUUGGCGUAUGCAGUCAGUAGAACCAGUUAAGAAAGAUUAAACGGGCCUAGUUUUAACACCCCGUCUGACAAGUCCUCAGUCAGGAGGGCUUUGAGCCUUAAAAAUAUUAAAGCUUGUUUUAGGAAAUGCCUCGAACAUCGAUACCCUGAUCCAGUACCAGUGUCGUAAAGUGUAUUUACUUUGUUGCGCAAAUUUAUUGGACCAAAAGAAAGUCUUUACUUAAGAAAGAGGUUCAACUCCCACAGGAUUUUUGGGGCACCAACAUGGGCGCCGUUUCAUUGUUUUGGGACACCAUUAUUAAAUAGGUCUAUUCUGCAGCUAAACGAUAAAUUGGCCAGGAUGUGAUAAAUGUUCUUUUUGAUAACUUUUAAAAUGAAAUUGUGUCUUCUUACGCUUACCCAAGUGCCAAGGGUUGCCGUAUUUGCCUUGUAAACGCGUCGCAUAAAGUGGGAAGAAAUUUGCGAAUUCUGCGGUAACCGUUUUGCUUUGAUAAGCCUCCGUUUAGUGAGCCGAAGACCUUGGGACUGAAAGUGAGACUAUUACAACAAUAAAUUAAUAAGAGCCCCGCAUUAACGAUGUAAAAUAAAAUCCCGGCAUUCGUUAACAACAAGCUAAACGAGUUGUAUAUUGAUCUCAAGUAUAUUAGUCUAGAACUUUUGAAAGAUAUAACAUCUCCGAUAGCAGUGAAAACGUUUUAGGUCUUUUAGAGUUGGAAGAAUCAAAUCAAGUUCAAAAAUCAGGGCUAUUAAACUUACCCCCUACCUAAUAACAAUUGCAAUCGCCAUAUUCUAUUGUCGCUCGCUUUAUGAUGCCUUGCUUUAACAUUUAUUUAGUCUAUUUACAGAAGGUCACUUGCUUAGUAUGACUAAACGUGUCGUCUAGUUCUACCCAAGCCAUUAAUUUUCUUUUUCUUUCCUUCUUCUUCUCCUUUAUUAGCGUAUUCCUACCUUACUAUAUAUAAUGGAAUUAUUUUAUAAAGUAUUAAUAAUCAAAUUGAUUGAUUGAUUGAUUGAUUGAUGUCUAGAACCUUGUCCGCAUUAUUAACUCCUCCCUUCCCUUACUUCAUCCCUUCCUCUGACACUCCGUCAUUAGUCAUGAAGCGGGCCUUUUUUGCUCGACUUUCUUUUAUUUUCCUUUUUCUAGGAGCUCCAGCAGUUGCUAACCGAAAGAAGCGCAGUAAUUGCUUUGGUCUAUGCCCAAGCUGGUGCGCAAAGUGCUCCUGUAAAUGUUACCCCACGGAUUGGAAGGGCGGUUGGAAAUGCACUUGGGAGUGUAAGUUCUGAUCCUGUGAAAAGCGUGUCGCGCGCGCAGCCAAAUUCGCCACUUUAG